GCUGUCCACUUCAGCACCAGGCAGGAUAACAGUCAGCUCGAACUUGGGAAUCCAGGACCACGGACAAAUCCUUCACAAGAGGACGGCACCGCUCAGCGUCACACGGUGUCCGAAAUACAGAAACCAUCACCGCCGUCAGCCGUCCAACAACUCCGUUAUUCACGAGAGAGAGCGAGGAAUAAGAGCGUUGUGGCCAUGUAUGAUGGGGCGAGAGUGCCUUCCCCCCAGGACAGUGUCAACGGUGUGCCCCCUGCUGCCGUGGCCCUGGCAGGAACAGAUGCGGGGUCAGGCGGGUCAGCGUCGGUGCCCACCCCGGCCGUGCAGCCCAAGCCAGAAGAGGAGGAUGGGCCUGAGGUGGAAGAGGAGGAGCCCAGACCAGAGCCUGUCCUGGUGAAGAAGGCCCAUAGGGAGAUCCUAGACCACGAAAGGAAGAGGAGGGUGGAGCUGAAGUGCAUGGAGCUGCAGGAGAUGAUGGAGGAACAAGGGUACUCUGAGGAGGAGAUCAGGCAGAAGGUCGGCACCUUCAGACAGAUGCUGAUGGAGAAAGAGGGGGUGAUCACCAGAGAGGGAGCGAACACACGCCCACCGGUCAAACACAUGGUCCAUGGAGAGCAUGGUGAGGAGGAGACCGACCCAGCCCUGGCUGAAGGUUACCAGGAGGACGGAGACUGCCAUGGAGACUACUAUGAUAAAGACGGUUAUAGAAUGACGAGGAAAUCUAGCAGCUCUCCAUCUCCUCAACCAAAGAAGAGGAAGAAGAAGAAAUCUGGACGCAGAAGGAGUCGGUUCGACAGCUCCUCUCCCUCCCGCAGAGAGAAGAAGAAGAAAAGUGGAAAGAAACACAAGCGAGACAGGUCGACGUCUGGUUCCAGGAGAAAGAGGAGAUACAGAUCGGGUAGCCCAAAGAACAAACAGAAAGACAAGAACAAAACCAGAAAGAGGUCCCCAGUAGAGUCCCCCAGUAGGACGUCUCAGCGUAGAGGCAGCUGCUGUAGCUCCCGCAGUGCAUCACACUCCUCCACAGACCACAGCCCCUCCAAGUCCCCCGGCAGGCCCAACUCCAAGCUCAAGACAGACGGACACAAGGCCUGUGUGAGCCCGUCCCCGUCUCCCGGUCCUGGUGGUCCUGACGGUCCUGUCACGUGGCACAACGGGCACCACCACCAAGGCCGCGCCCGCAAUGGCAAAGCCGGCAGACUCAACCACAAUCAUGUGGCCGAUGGCGACAAAGGGCAAGAUAAGCUGAGAAUGCUGACUGCUGCUACUCCGGGCGAGCAGUCGACCAUGAUGCUGCCUCAGCUGAGAGGAGGAGAGCACAAGACCCACGAUGCCCUUUACAGGACCCCAGGAGGAGGCACUGCAACUCAGGCUGGAGAGGCCCUACAUGGAGAGGGAAGGCAGACGAUGGGGUCGUCGGGCAGACGGGGAGGUCACAGUAGUCACAGAGCUCAUGGGAAGAGCUCCCAUUCGCCGGCUCACAGCAGUGACUCCGCCCACUCUCAACGUAACCUGCAUCCUCACAGAGGGAAAAGCUCUCACCGGAAGAAGACUAAAGGGUGCCACUCGUCCAAGCGGCAUCACCAUGGGGUUCGGGGACAGGCCCAUCACCAGAGCCAGUCUGCCUCUCCAGGGCGGCACCGCCACACGUCUGCGUCAAGUAGGAAGAAGAGUGAGUCUCGGGGGCGCGGUGGCGUGGGGGUCCGGCAGCGUAGCAGCUCCUGGAGCUCCGGAAGCUCUUCAUCACGCUCCGUCUCCAGAGAGAGAGGCCCCAGCAAGGCCAAGUCCCCCCACCCCCACGCCAGACAGAACAACUCCAGGGAGAGAGACAGCCCUCACCACUCUGAUGCUGACCGUGCUCGCCGUCGCUCCAGGAGCUAUUCUCCCAUCAGGAAAAGGAGACGAGACUCUCCCAGCUUCAUGGAGGCUCGCAGGAUCACCAGCGCUCGGAAGCGGCCUAUCCCGUACUACCGUCCCAGCCCCUCCUCCUCCAGCUCCAUGUCAAGCCCCUCCCACUCGGAGAGGAGUCGCAGCCAUGACAGCUACAGCAGCUACAGCCGCAGUCACAGCCGCACCAGGAGCCACAGCCGCUCCCGCAGCCGCAACCACAGCUAUUACAGUCGCAGCAGCUACGAGAGCCCCGGCUUCUGAGGAGAGAGAGACAGAGAGAGAAAAGAAG